AUGGAGAGACGUCAAUUUCCUAACGGCAAUCAAGGGACUCCAGCUCCAGCUCCCACAAAUGUGGCCUCAUCAGAAGCCAACAACUCAUCUUCCAAUGUUACCGAAACUAGUACUUACGAAACGUCGUCAGCAGAGACCACUGCUACAAGCAGUUCAGACGCGACAUAUAGUUCAGCAACGACUAGUCCUUCCACCACAGCAGUAACCAGCACGGCAUAUAGUUCAGCAACGACUAGUCCUGCCACCACAGCAGUAACCGGCACGGCAGCCAUUGCCUCAAGUACUUCGUCUCAGGCCGCUCUCAGUGACGGCGCAAAUUCGGCACCCUCAAAGAGUGAGAUUUCUACAGCAACUGUUGCAGGAGCCGCAGUUGGAGCUGCCAUUGGAGCUGCACUGCUUGCCGCACUGAUAACAUGGUUCUUCAUGAGGAAGCGCAACCACAAUGCUCGUCGCAGCAACAGUACCCGUCUCUUACCCAUGGGAGGCGCAGCAGAGAAGGACUACACUCAGGUCCGCACUAGAGAGAUAGGUGCAGUUGGGGUAGGCGCAAAACUUCCAAGCUGGAUGAGCAAUCUGCCACAGCCAGUGGCAGACGACACUCUGCGCAUGAAUGUGCGGACAUUGUUCCACCAAAUUGAGCUCCAUGUCGAGAACUUGUACGCUGAUGUGUACCCAGCCGAAUCCAGUCUGAGUCCGGAUAUUCUUGAAGAAAUCGAAGAAUUCGAUAAUCAGGAUCUGCCAGCUCCAAUUUUGACCUUGAUUCGACAAACUAACAAGCCGACCUCUGUCAUUAAGCGUGCUCUCGCUCAACAUAUCGUGUCAAAUAUCUCAGUUUCUGAUAUGAAGCAGUCGUCUUUCUUGCCAGUCGAAUGUACCAGCUUGGCACAAGGAAGACGCAGAGCCGCAUCUCACACUAACAAGCCAGGUUCAGCUGAGGCUUUCGCGCAAUGGCGGGUACUUACAGCCUAUCUCAGACCAGAAGCAAAUGCACCAACGAACACGUCAACAUCACAGCUCGAAACAGGCGAGGAUUUGGCAAUUCGAGCUGCAGCACACCAGUUUUCAUCCGCCUUUGCACCGUGGCUUCACCCUGGCCAAUCAGCCGCAGCCGUGGCUCAAAAUCUGGAAGCGAUCAUGCGUAGUGCUGCACAGGUCGGACUUACGAUCUUCAGUCAGCCGGCCGAGUUUGCGUAUGCAUGGGGCUCGGAGGACGCGAGCAGACAAGGAGGAAGGAGGAGUGUUGGUAGACUGGUUGUCACGCCGGCAUUGCUCAAGAUGAGAGAUGACAAUUCGAGGCAGGUCAAUCCUGCUGCAGUGAUCGUGCCACAGGGCAUGGCGGACCUAUAG